AGAAAAUGGCGUAGAAGUCGAAGGAGAAGAAAAUUCAUUUCGUUUGAGGAAAAAAUCGGAAAAACUAAGGAAAAUUUGGCUGAUAUUAAAAAUAGUACAAUUGAGCUGUGAGCAGAGAUGUUUCCGGGUGGAAACGGCAACGCCGACUUGGGCUACAACAAGCACGCCCACGCCCACGUCCACGGACACGGACAACAUGGCCAUGGGCACAACCAUAAUCACAACCCGAAUCAGUUCCUGGCGCAGCCCCCACCGCCGCCCACGCACUUUCCCCUGCCCCCGGGCGGAGGUCAGGGCAUGGUGACGCCCCUGGUGGCCGCCGGUCUUCCGCUGGCCAUGCAAGGCGGUGCCAACAUCGAUUGGGCGCAACUGGCCCAGCAGUGGAUUCACAUGCGGGAUGCAUCUCCAAUGGCCAUGCCAGUGGCUCCUCCGCCACCCAUUAUUGGCAAUGUGCGGGAGUACCAUCAGCAGGCGCUGGCCAUGCCCAUGCCCAGUGUGGUCCGGGCGGGAUUCCCGAUCCUCGAGGAGCACGGCGAGGCGGACAUGGACAUGGACGACGAGAAUGAGCGGGGACAUGGCGCAGAGACGCCUCCGCCGCCGGCUCCGGCGGUUACGCAAUCCCAAUGGCUGGCGGCCAGCGAGGCGCCAGGCCAGGCCACAGACGCCUCUGGCGGAGCAGCUGUCACCCUGGGCAAGCAGCCAUGGAACAGCUGGCCAACGCAGUCCGGCAAAUCCAUCGGCAAUCCCACUUCGCAUAUACCCUCGCUGCUCAAACUGAACGUCAGCAAUCCCAAUGAGCCGCAGCAACAGCUGCAGUUGCAGUUGCAGGCGCAGCAGCAGCAGCAGCCAACGCAUCCGCAAGCACAUCAGCCACAACCACAUCCACAUCACCUAACACCACAUGCACACCAGCCGCAACAGCAGGCGCAGCAGCAGCAGGAGAGCGGAAGUGGCAGUGCCAGCAGCGAGAUUGACGCCAAUAAACGCAAAAUGUUGCCAGCUUGGAUAAGAGAGGGCCUGGAGAAAAUGGAGCGCGAAAAGCAACGGCAACUAGAGCGCCAGCAGUCCUCCGUUGGCACGCCUGAUGAUGAGGUCAACCAUGUUAAGCAAGUAUCAAGCAAAACACUAACAACACCUGUUAAUCUAUUGAACAUCGCGAACGUGGCUAGCGACAGCGAAGAUUCCAUUGGCUUGCCUGUGGAGGCGCGUGGCGAACUGAAGGAUCAGCAAAUAGGUAAUGAAUUGAUAAGUAAAGCCGGCGAUAUCAGCAGCGGUGAGGAGCAGGAGGAGGAGGAGGAGCAGCGAGGAGCCAUCGAUCCAAGCGGCAAUCGGGCGGCGGCGGCGGAGGCUACCGAAAACGAUGUCAAUGGUAAAAACUACGAAGAAAGACUGGCGGAUCUGAUGCUUGUGGUGCGUCGGACACUAACCGAAAUCCUGCUGGAAACCACAAACGAAGAGAUAGCAGCCAUUGCAGGCGAGACUCUGAAAGCACACCGUGCGAAAGCGUCAUCAGCCCAAGUGAUUCGAAAAAGCGCCUUGUCCUCCAUUACCGGCAACUUGGGUUUAGCAGCCUAUGGCGAUUCUUCCAGCGAAAGCGAAGAGGAUGAGGACGAUGAGGAUGGCGAGCGCCAAGGAGAAGCAGCAAGGGAUGCCGAUAAAAGCGUUCAACUAAGCGCGGAAGAGUUGAAGGCUCGCAUACGGCGCAGCAAACGAUCCUUCGAGAGAGUCAUCGACGACAUUGAGGAUCGAGUGGCCAAGCAGGAGUUGCGCGAUGAGCAAACUCUGCAGCGACAUCGCAAGCGAGAGCUGGAGCGAUCCGAGGCGGGUGCUAAUGAGCAUCGCCGACCGCUGGUCAAUGCCGAACCGCCCGGCGAGUUGGCCAGCCAAGUAACCCACGAAAAGCUGCAGCAGUUUAAUGGAAAACGGCCAAGUCGCAAGGAGAGAACCACCCGCUUCAGCGACAACAAGGACGGCAAGCAGCAGUCGCAGAGCUACGUGCAACAAGUGGUGGCCGCCGCCAAUGUGGCACCACUGAGCUCUCUCAGCUGCAGCACUGGCUCCCAGAAGCUGAAGCCCGUUCCCAAUCCGGCCACCAAUCUGCUGCAGAUGCCCGAGUCGGUGGCCACAAUGCUAAGUGCGGCGGACAAGGCGCUGCACAAGGCCAACAAGUCGUCGUCGCGCAAAUCGAAGAGCAAGCGACGACGACACUCGUCCACCUCGUCCUCCUCCAGCAGCAGCAGUGGGAGCAGCUCGAGCAGCGACAGCGAGGAUAGCAGCAGCUCCAGCGGAUCCAAGACGUCCAGCAGUCGCAGCAAGCGGGCCAGUCGUCAUGGUCAUAGACGCAGCCACGGCAGCAGUCGCAGCAAAUACGAGCGACGCGAUCGCGACAGAGAAAGGGAAAGGGAAAGGGGCAGGGAUCGGGAUCGGGAUCGGGAGCGGGAUCGAGGACAUCGCCAGCAUCGCAGUAGUGGAGGCCAUCGCCAGAGGUCUUCGCGGCGACACCGGGACUCCAGCCACUCUGGCGGGGAUGAGGGCGGCAGCAGCAGCUACCAACGCUCCUCGCGGCAGCAGAGCAGCAGCCGCAGCCACGAUCACGGCAGCAGCAGCGGCGGACGGAAGCGACACCGCACGAGAUCCCGCUCCAAGUCGCGCAGCACCCACCACUCCAGCUCCAACGCGUACUCCUCCACUUCUUCCGCGUCGCAUUCGCGCAAGCGCCACUAAGAUUACGUCUACGCCUAAUUGUUACAAUUGUAUAAUUAUAUUUUCUCUUCCGUUUAAGAUGCUUUCAGUAAACAGUUUUAAUCCAGCAUAAUAAAUUCGGAUUUGCUAAAGAC